ACCGAGCCGGGCUGGGAGGGCAGAUGAUGUGAUGUGAUCCAAUACGGGCGGCCGGCUGCAGCUACGGGGCGGACUGGCACUUAAAAGCGGCUGUCGACCUCGGCCCUGCUCACUGCUGUGUGUGUCGUCGUGGGAGCGGCGGCGCUGAAGCCCGGAGGCUGCCCGAAGAGCGCUCUAUCACGCCAGUGUAUUUCCAGUCAGCCAUGAUGUCAGUACAAACUCCUCCUCUUUCCCGCUCCGGCUCCUCCCCCUCAAAUGUGGGUCUGGCCAAUCGCAGCGCCCCCUCCGCCACCCCUCCCACCUCCCUCAGCCUUCGCUCAUCGUACAACCAGCUCCUCGGGCGUGAUGUCAUCAAGGAGUCCAUGGAAACCGGAAGUUCGGCCACCUUGCCAAAGAGCCGCCAGAGGUACACAAUGACGAGCGUGCGGAGCGCCAUGGGGAUAAGUGACAACUUAUCAUCUAAAAACCAACCUGUAACCAGAGGUCGGGGUCUCCCCACAAAGUCCUCGUCCAGUUCUGCCCUCUACUCCUCUUCCUCCUCCUCCUCACUGUUUAAUACGACCAAUCCCAAACUAGCCAAGAACGGGGCCAACAUGCAGAGACGAGCUGAGAGUCAGCAGCUGGAGCUGAGCAGGGCCAACACAGAGGGCAAAAUUCACAACGAUCUCAUCAACAACCCCAGUUCUGAUUGGCUAGAAUUUGGAAAAGACAACUCGCAGCUGCCCCCAUUCCGAAGACGGACCAAGAGCUUCUUGGAGUAUCAUGAGAAAGGCUGGGAUCUGGACCUCAGUUGGAGAAACAAAGAGGACAAAGAGGAGAAGAAGCAGCAACCUUCCCCAGAGAAGGAGCAGGCCAGCCCGGCCAAGGAGAGGGAGAGCCAGAAGGAGGAGAAGCCCAGCAGCAAGCAGACCUGCCAGGAAGAAAAAGAGGAGGUGGAGCCAGUGGUGGAGGAGGAGGAGGAGGAGGAAGAGGAGGAUGACCCCACACCAACACCAAGACAGCCCCUUUUACCAGUGGUGGUGGAAGCCCCUCUUUCCUCGACCUCCUCUUCUUCCACCAAUAGCCCGGAGUGGGUCCCAGACAACCAGAACCAGGCUCCAGCCCAGGUCAGAGAAGAGCUCUGUGCUCAGGUUCAGGCUAGUCCACGCAGUCCUGCUAAGCCCCCUCGGAGCUCCCAGCCCCGGGUAAUCAAGGUGGAGCUGCACCCCAACAAUGAGAACCAGUUCCUGCAACAGUACCCGCCCUCUUCCCCUAAACAGGCCCGCGCUGCAGAGAGGAACACCCCGACCAGGAGCCGGGCGCCGCCCGCCCUGCCAGAUCCUGAACCAGAGACUGGCCUUCCUAAAGUGGGCUUAAGAAUGGAUAUGACUCCUGAAACUCCAUCAGAGGAUGAAGACUCCAGCUGGACCACCCUGUCUCAGGAGACGCCCUCUCCUCAAAGUCCAAGGGAGACAGGUUCGAUAUCAGACGUAUGGGGUGAUGGGGACCUGCCCCCAGGCUGGCGGGAGAUCUCAGACUUGUCAGAGGUCUAUUUCUGGCACGUCCCCACCGGCACCACACAGUACCACCGACCUGUUGCCUCUGGCAACCGGCACACCUCUCCUAGCACUGAGCGAGACACUGAGCAUGACCCACACCAGGAGCCGCAGGACUCCCUCAAGCCCCCCAGCGAGCGCCCCAGCAGUCUGAUAUCUGACAGCUCGGUGGAGCCGGUCCCUUCACCCACUGGCUCCUCCUCCUCCUCCACCCCCUCCAAUGAUGUCACCUCUUCUGGACCAAACCUCGACAUCACCACCUGCACAGCCAACGAGCUGAAGGACUAUCCAGUCUAUCCAGAUCCCAGUCUGAAGGCGUUUGAAGGGGCUACCCUCCGCUACGCUUCACUUAAACUCAAUCCUCCAGCCCAGCUGGAGACAGUGGACCUCAACAAUACCUUCUCUGAUCCAGAGGCAAUGUCAUUUCCAGUGCGAUCUCUGGGCUGGGUGGAGAUGGCAGAACAGGACCUGUGUGAGGGGAGGAGCAGUGUGGCCGUCCACCACUGCAUCAGACAGCUGUCCUACUGCAGGAGGGACAUACGAGACUCAGCCGGUGUCUGGGGAGAGGGUAAAGGGAUGCUGUUAGUGCUUCAGGAUCGCAUGCUGACCCUGGUAGACCCAGAUGAUCGCAGCCUGCUCCACUCUCAGCCAAUCAGCAACAUCCGUGUCUGGGGCGUCGGCCGGGACCACGACAGGGACUUUGCCUACGUGGCGAGAGACAAAAACACGCGGGUGCUGAAGUGCCACGUGUUCCGAUGUGAUACCCCUGCCGCAGCCAUCGCCACAAGUCUCCACGAAAUCUGCUCCAAGAUUAUGGCUGAAAGGAAAAGUGCCAAGGCUGCAGCUGGCAGCUCCUCCCAGACCAGCUCCGAUGUACCCCUACAAGAGUUUCCCAUGCCAAAGACCGAGUUGGUGCAGAAGUUUCAUGUGCUGUAUCUGGGCAUGACGUCCGUGUCUCGCCCCAUAGGUAUGGACAUCAUAAAUGGCGCCAUAGACAGCCUCCUGUCCUCCACAGGCAAAGAGGACUGGACUCCUGUCAUACUGAGCAUUGCUGACACCACUCUGGCUGUCAUCAAAGAAAAGGAGGAGGAAGAGGAGGCGCUGGUGGAGUGCCGUGUCCGUUUCUUGUCCUUCAUGGGCGUGGGACGGGAUGUGCACACAUUUGCCUUCAUCAUGGACACUGGGAACCAGCAUUUCCAGUGCCAUGUGUUCUGGUGUGAGCCCAAUGCAGGCAGUGUGUCUGAAGCCGUGCAGGCAGCAUGUGUGCUGCGGUACCAGAAGUGUCUGGUGGCAAGGCCCCCCUCCCAACGCGCUGGCUCCUCUUCCGCGCCCUCUCCAGACUCGGUGACCCGCCGGGUGACCACCAGCGUGAAACGUGGCGUCCAGUCUCUCAUAGACACUCUGAAAACCAAGAAACAGCCGUCAGAACUCCCCCAGCAAUGACCGUCACCAGUGACCACAGCACCCCCUCCCCCCAGCCGACGCCUGGACGCCACUCACACACUAUCGCCACGACAACACGUAAUCAGUACCAGCCAUGGUAACCAAUGAUGUACAUACAUGUUAACAAACACCACCGCAGAUGAAGGAAAGAGGAGCAAACGUCCAGUAUGCCUGAUGAUUAAAAAAAAUACAAAGAAAAUGCAUCUGUUUCAUUAGAAAUGGAAAAGCUGGUGUCACUGGUUGAACUUUGACCUUUGAACGCUGCUGUGUCCAAGCGGAAACCACCUGCUGGCUUCACUGGCCCUUACUGUAUGUGGAUUUCUGGGCUAGAUGGAUUACUUGAUGGAGCAUUCUACAGACAGGAUACAGGAUAACCCAGAAGGAAAAGAUCCAGUUUCUCUUAACAGACCGGUUACUCCGUUUUCUUUCAUGCUCUGUUCCCAUCUGUACAGACAGCCGUCAGCACAGUCAGCUCCUGGACUGGACGCCUCACGCCAAGCUACGGGAGCCUUCCAGGACAGAAAAGGUGUUGUCUUGCUGUCAUAGGAUUUUGACAGGUGAAUACUUGCGGGAAGCGAGAUCAGACAGACGAAACCUGUCAAGACGCCCCCACCCCACCAAAUGACAUAGAAAUGUUUUGAUCCCUUCGAUGUGUGACAGACUUGAAACAGACAAAAACAUCUCAACAUCUCCUGCGAGGAUGAACGAAGCGAUUGUAAUAAUGAAGUGUAUGUAAAUGAUUGUACGUAGGAAGAGAGAAUUUAGGGCACAAGGCUUGUAGAUAUGAGGGGUUGGUGAAAGACGUGGGUUUUGAUUUUGCAUGUUUCCGUUACGGAAUAAGUUUUAUGUUGAUGAGUUAAUAAGGGUCUCGAUAGGAAGAGUGGUGAACACGCAAGAAAUAGAUGCUCUCAGCACAAGUCAUCUCCACUUGAUCAUGACUGAAUUUACACUGGCACAAAAAAAUCUGGCCUCUUUCUAACCUAUACGUGAAUAUAAGGUUAUUCUCUGCCCCAUUUACAGAAUUACAAUAAAGGGAGCCUUUGAGUACAUUAGCAAAAGAAAGGCUACAGUUUUUAAUGUAUUUUGAAGUUUUAAAUUAGUUAAGAUUGUAACGUUUUUGCAGACAUUAUAGAGAAGACUGAGUGUAAGAGCUCAGGAAUGUUACAUUGCUUAUGUUCAAACUUACAAUUUCCUCAGGAAUCUUUAUGCAUACAGAUUAAUGUGGUAGCAAGAGAGUCCAGAUCUAGGCUUUGACUUUGGCAGAUUUGAAGCGCUCGUGGCUAUAUGAACAGUGGUACAAACAGUGUUUGCCCUGCUUGGACAGCAUGGGAAAUAUCAAAUCUGUGCCAGACAGUAAGGGUUAACUAUAUUUUCUCUUCCUCAGUAAAUCCAGCCAGUCUACUCCCACUCGCAAACAAAAUAUACCCACACACACACACACACACACACAUACACACACGAAUACGCACACACAGCAGCAAAAAAAGUCUGCUGUCACUGCUAUCAAAACCUUUACACUGCUCCCAUGGCUUGGGGCCACCACCUGCACUCGACAUGAACUCUGUGAAUGUAGUCCAAUCUAAAUGAAAAAGACACACAUACACACAAAACAAAACAAACAAGAGAGACGCUGUAUAUCAUUUCAGUUCUGUUCUUCACUCAUCUCUACACCAUGUAAGUGUAAUCUGUUGUGACAAUAAAUGCAUUAC